UUGUGUGAGUCAUGGUGGAAAAUUCGAGGCAAGCGUACCGAUGCGCAAAGAACAAGCAUAAGCGAAGAAGAUAAAGAUAUCGAUUAAAAUUUCUGCUACAAAAAUAAAUAUAUAUGUAACGCAUAUUGUAAAUGUUCUAAGUUAAGUGACAUAAAUCAAAUAUUUGUGUAAAGUUUAAUAUUUUAAUACGCGUCGAAGUACAACGAGUGAGGCUACAGAAGAGCACACACUAAAGUGGAGUACUUGGCGAGCGCAAAUAACGGAAAUCAAAUUCGAAAUAAACGCUGCGCAAUAGACGGUGGUGUACAUAAGAGUUUAACAAAAUCCGAAUCAGAAUCAGUUGAAAGUGUGAUUUUUUUGAGCCUUUGUCUGAUCAGCACGGCUUGGAAUGCGAAAGCAGCAGUUAAAUCAGCGAAGAACAGAGAGUUUGCGAAAUUAUAGCUAAGGAUAGCUUAACCGGAGUAAAAAAAAAAUAAAUCAACAGACUGAUAAACAAUACAUAACGUUACAAGUAAAACUAAAAGUAAAGUAAACAACAGCUGUACAUAAAACAUAAAGGAGAAGUGGAAAAGCAGCUACGUGCUCAGCCGCCCGUCGCCCUUUUCGUUUCCAUUUUGGAGGUCAUCUCAACUUCGGCGACUAUCAGCUACCAAAGAAAAUAGAGCGGCGCAGCUAGAUCAACAUCUCAAUAGCAAUAGCAGCAGAAGCAGAAUCAGAAUCAGAAUCAGAAGGCGUUUGGUUUCGAUUUAUAAAGAAUUGAUUUAAGUGCGUGUGAUAUUUAACGUUAAGCAUUAAUUUAGCGAAUUAACCAAAAACAAAAAGGGAAAACAGCAGAAAUUUUAAUAAGAGAAAGAGAAGAGGAGAUCGGAGAGAGAGAGAUAUCGAUCCAGAGAUCGGAAAGCGACGAAAUUACUAUGACAUACUCGCACAAUAGCGUUAGAAACAACAUCAGAAUGACAACCGCAUCGGCCACCAAGUCCAUACGAUUAAAAAAGGGAGCAGCAUCAGCGACCUCCGCAUCCAACUCAUCCACCCCCUCGCCCACAUCCGCACCCGUCUCCCCCACAUCCGUAUCCGCAUCCGCACCAGCAACGCCCUUGGUAACUGCACAUUCCAACAGUAUUGCCAGCAGUACAAAUAACGCCCAAUUCCUGAGCUCCUCGCCCACGAGUCUCGGUUUUGGCCUGGGUCUAUCCGCUCUUGCCACGCCCCCGAACCAGAGGCAACGGCAACUGCAGUCCCAGUCGACCGGAUCCAAGAACAAGUAUCAGCAGUCGCAGCAGCAGCGCCAGUCGCCGCAGCAGCAGCAGGGAUCCUCUGUAGGCGGUGGAGGCUUCUUCUUUGCCAACAACAACCGAAGGAACGGAGGAGGACGUUCGCCCCAGGGAGCUAUGCAGGUUCGGCAGUCACCAGCCACCAUUUUGGGUGGAGGUUUCUCGCCGGGAAUCGUCGGAGGAUCGGCUCGCAAGCAGAGGAAGAGCCCUUCGUUGGGCGGAAAGAUAUCGCCCCAGCACCAGAUGCAGCAGCACCCACUCAUACCCACCGCACUGACGCAUUUCGCGGGCAGCAAGUGCUUUGAUGCACCAGCUCCAACGGCGCUGCCCAAGCCACCGCAGCACUGGACGUUGUCCAGGUCGGAGGGUAAGCUUCCCAUGAUGAUGCCGUCGAUGCCCAAGUUCCAGGUGCCGAUGCAGACAGGCCGCUCGAAGCGGAAUCUCCUCGAUGACUUCGACACGCACAACCUAAAGUUGCUGCUCAAUGUGCAGUCGUAACCACACUGGUGCUGGAGGAUCAGUGUCUGGAGUAGGAAAGCAGGAACAGGAUCUGGAUCUAGAGCUGGAUCUGAAGAUGGAUCUGGAGGACCGACAUGAAUGGCAAGAACACCCGGUGGACCCCGAACCCGUCAAUGAGUUGCAAAAAAAAAUCGAUAUGAACAUAAAACCAACAAAAAAAAAUUAACAAAAACAUAAAACAAAAAAUGGAAAAUGAAAAAACUUUUACAAAAAAAGCGAAAACAUUUCAACUGGAAAUUUGAACUUUUUUAAACAAAAACAAAAAAAAAAAACAAGAGUAAUGUUUGUGAUCUCAAGUGUGUAUCAUAAAACAAUUAAACCAAUUUGAGAAGCUAUUAGGUGAGAAGAGAAAAACUGUUUCAAGAAAAGAAAACUGAAAGCAAACAAAAUACAAGUAAAAAACACACAAACUACUGUCCUCACACAACCGACCGACAAAAAAGAACAUCAACAACGAACGACAAUGAGAACAAAUCAACACAGCGAAAAAGAUGCAAAAUUCCCCGCUACAUAGAACAUCUCCCCCAAACUCCAAAACUCCCCUGUCAACUUCAAUGCGCAAUCUUUAUAGAGACAGCCAGCCAAUCGACAAACUGCAACCAGUACAACACUCAAUGGAUGCCUGGCUGAAAUACAAGGAAAACCAAAUGGAAAGAGGACUUAAGCGAAGGAAAAGCCCGAUUAGAGGAAGAAGAACUUUAUAUGUCUAACAACGGAUACUUCACAACUGAACAUUGUUUUAAACGUGAUACGCAAAUAGACUUGAAAAUUAAUUAAUAAGUAAAAUUAUAAAUAUAAUAAUAUUUAUGAGUAAUUCAAAAAUGGACGCUAGAAGCGCAACAUAACGUACAGUUUAUGUUUAUCCCCCGAAAAGCGGACAAAAUGUGCAACGUACCUUAAAUGUUGAUAAAGAAUAAAUGCAGAGAGCAGCAAAAGCUAACAGAGUAUAUUCAAGAGACACGAUAAUACCUAUUAACUAAUAAUAAUAAUAAUGCAACUACUAUAAAUCGUAUACCCACCAAAUCACAAAGACUAAUUCAAACAAAAACUCAACGACAACAACUCAACGCAGCCGCCGCAGCAGAGCAGCAGCAGAGCCGCAGCGCAAAAUGCACUCAACUUGCCUAUGAAAAGCAAAUCAACACCUGUAACUCUCCUCUACCUUAAGAUAUAUUGAUCCACAAUUGUAUUGUAAUUUUGACCAACCUAGAUACUUCCAUUACUUUUAGUUUUACGUCGCGCGAUAGGGAAGCAAUUGCCCAAAAAUACUGAGCUACAAAUGCGAACUGCAAACAUGUUUAAUUAUUCUUAAUGUGUAAUUGCGAAAUGGCUUUAAAAAAUUCUAAUUUAAACAUUCUUGAAUUGUACAUAGAAGGGAACAACGCUAAAAUGUUCAAAUAAAAUUUUCUAAAAACGAGAAAUCGAUAAACAAUAAGAAUAAGAUCAUAAGAAGAUCAGCACUUGUAAAUGUGGUAGCACGCUAUUGGCGCAAGCAAGAUUUUAUUUAAUCCAAAAUAUGUUUGAUCUUGCGCCGAGCGGAAACAACAAUUGUGAAAACAACUAAAAACUAUAUAAGUUGCAAUCCCCAAAGCGAAGGCUUUACGAGAGAGGAAAAGAUAUAGUAAUCGCGAGAUGAGAAUGAAAUGAAACUACUUUAUGUAAACUAUUCGUUGAUGCUCAAUACUGAAACACUUGAACCCAGUACCUUAUUUUCAUUAUUAGCAUUACUUAUUAAUUGUUAAUAUUAAUAUGUAUGUAAAUUAUUUAAGCCAUCCCAAGCCUCCCACACUUCCAGAUAUCCUCAGCCAAUCCAAAGUUAUUUGUAUUUUGCGUAGAAAGAGGCAGCGUGAGUUUUGUUAUGUGUUUUUGCCAAGUGAAUUGGCACCGAAGUGAUAAGCCAAAAACAAAAGGAACCCCAAAAUGUAAAUGAUAGUGGAAAAUCCCAGAAAUAAGAUCGCACUUGAGUUUUGUUUACGCAUAUUGUUUAACUUCCCGAACCAUCUAAAUUAUGAAACACGAGAAUGAGAGAUGAAAAGAUAUGAAACUAUAACAAAACACUCGAUGAUAGUUUUAAAAAUGUUGAAAAGCCAAAAAAGUCAAGUACUGUUUAGGUUUACUGAGCAAGUUGUCAUAUAUUGGUAGCUUUAAAGCUUGUAUCUUCAAGUUACACUACAAGUACACCCCAUCCACCAACAUACCCACUACUUAGAGUAUUGAAUCGCAGGGGUCACUCGAGCAGUGCUCGGGCAAGCCCCAGCUCACCCCCAUUUACCCCCCUUUCCAUACGAAGUACACACACACACACACCCCACAGAAAGACCCAAAACUUGUCGCGCAGAAUUUUGCAUUUUUUUUAAGUGUAAGCAAAACGUUUGUUACUUACUGGACGUCAGUUUAAGCGGAGAACAGCUUAGAUUUCAUUGAAGCAGGAUAGAGAUACAGAUGCAAAACCUAUUUGUAAAAUUCAAAAGAAGAGAAAACCACUUUACUUAAAACAGACCAAAACAGCCCAGAUUCGCCCGCUCUGCCUUGGACUGUGGGCACAAACGUUCCGGCCCGCUGACUUUUUCAACACCAAUCAGUACAAAAUAAUUUCCAUUUCAAUGUUGGGAGCCCGAAACAAGAUCGCGGCGGAGCUCUCCAUGCUGCGAGUCCAAGGCGUUUGUGUCCCCAACCAAGGCGACUGCGAAUUGAAGGCCUCUGAAAUUAUAAUUCAAAUUCAAUUUUUUAAUUUAAAUUUAAAGCGUAACGACGACGAUUCGACCAAGUUCGAAUAUUAUUUUUAACCUCUUUUAUUUAAGCCGAAACAUGAUUCGUCGUUCUAAAAACAAUGAAAAGAAAGCAACCAAGCACUAUGUAUUUUUUUAAUUUCUCCAUUGAUCUAAUUUACAAUUUAAUUUGCAAUUUUUUGUGAUACUUUGCUAUAUUUUUAAACCUGGUAUGUAUACAAAUUAAAAACAAAUACAACUGAAGAGAAAACGAUUAAUUAAAUACCCUUACAAUUACCUUAAAUGGACCAUAAGAUGAAUGCGAAUAUGAAGAGCAAACUCGCAAUUCUAUAUUGUAAUUAUAGAAACGAUUGUGAAUAAAAAUCUGAGAAGAAUUGUAAAGCAAUAUUGGAAAUGUGUUAAAUCCAAGUCAACUUUUAAAAUUUGAGAAAAAAGAAAGAAAACCCCACAAACCAAACAACAACAACAAAACAAUAGAAAAAAGAAAUAAACAAUUGUACAUGGCUUUCGUAAAGAAAUUUAUGAAGGCUUUGUAUGAUUAACCAAAAAAAAAUCCACAAAUUUGUGUUUUUAUUUGCGUUAUCACGUACAGUUUUUCGUUGGCACUUUUAAUUCCAGAGCUAAUCGGCAAGAUCCCCAUACCCCGUACCCCCCGUAGAGAAUCAUAACCCCCUCCACAUUCCAGACGAUUCGAACAACAUGUGCUCCGAAAAAUUCCACUACGAGGUUCUCACAUGUUUUUGUUUUUGAGCACGAUAUCUAAGCGAGCAACCAGAAAGACAGAAAGAACCACAAUAAAAUUGAAAACUAAAAAGCGCUUUGCUAGGAGAUCGAAACAAAGGAAAAUGCGCAUAUAGUACAUAUGCAUAUAAAUAUACAUACAUACAUAUUACAUAUAUAAAUGCAGCUGCAUUUGUGCUGCGAUUUCACAAACACCCAGAUAUUGCGACAUAAAUGCAUGCAAAGUAAAAUAAAACGAUAAGCAACUUUACAGAGCCGAAGGGCAUACAUGUAAUAGAACCAUUUCCAACUCCGUUUCGAUGUGAAAAACUAUCCUGAUUGUUCCUAUGUUAGUUCUGAGUAGAUGCAACCGCAAUCGGAUCGGCGAAUCCAUUAACAACUAUGCAAUAAGUGCGAAUUGUCAUUGUGCGUUGAGGAAAUUUAUAUAGAUACGCAACAACAUGUAAGCAUUUUAUAGAUUCUUACACAGCAGUCAGCAUGAUAACGAUAAAUGUUUAAAAGUUUUACCACAUCACCACUACACAAAAUAGAUACAUACAUGUUUAAGAAGUUUAUAUACAUAAAUUGAUAUGAGACGACCGAUAAGAUCGUAGCCAGAGAGCUCAGCUAGCAGCAAAGUCAAGUUAAAACUCAAACAAAACAAACAAUUGCCUAACGAUCAAACAAUCAAUGUGUAAAUCCCCUCCCAAAAAACACCCCAUCCAGUCGAUGAAUCCCCACAUCCCAUUCCCAUUCCCAUUCCCACCUAACCCAUCCAACUUCCCCAAAUCCCCUAAAACGUGAACAGAGAGAUACAAAUAUUUUCAAUGGAAACCCCGAACGAGAUCCAGAUGACGUCCAACUACUCCGGCCGAAAAAUCCACAUGCCAUAUAGUAAAUUGG